CCAAAAGGCACACUUACAAACAAAAGUAAAAUGUAAUUUUCACCGAAAUGGUUCUAAAACAUGUUUGUCAUGUGAUAAAGGGCGUCAGAGAGGAGGAACCUGGCUGUACCUUAUAGUCAGUUGUCUGAUCCGUUAGGAAAAAGUCACCAUGAAGGUAUUAGUGAUCCUCCUGGCUCUCUCUCUCCUUCAGGUCUGCUCUGCUGUCCCCAUCGGCCGCCCCACCAACUGGCUCAGAGAAUGCCGUGCCACCACCAACCUCUCUGUCCCAGCACUGGAGGUGCUGCCGGGCGGAGGCUGGGACAAUCUCCGAAACAUGGAUACAGGUCGAGUCAUGAACAUCAGCUACUUCCAGUGCCAAACCACCGAGGACGGGCUCUACCUAAUCCCAGAUGAGGUGUUUGUCAUCCCCCACAAGGAGACGGGUGUGGAGACCAGCUCAGAGAUCAUCAGCUCCUGGCUGGAGCAGAAGAGCUCUACAUCUCACAGCAUUAAUGCAGAAAUGUCUUUCAUAUCUGUGCUAAAUGGAAAAUUCUCAAAAGAGAACCAAAGGAUGAAAACCCACCAGGUCAAAGAUUCUUCAACAACAACCAGAAUACAAGUUCGUAACUUCAUCUACACAGUAAAGGUUUAUCCUGAUUUCCCUCUGGAUGCAAGUUUUGCUCAACAAGCCAAAGAAAUAGCCGAUGCAAUUGAAAAUAACCAAACAAGAAACACAGACUACCUCUCAGAGAAGCGGUCGGCAGCGAGUGACUACGCUCCACGACCCCGACUUGAAUCCUCCGUCGCCUACAACUGGGGACGGUCACCAACAAACUGA